ACAAGAUGGCUGGUGUGACUGUCUUCAGUCAAAUGAGAGAAACAUUUCCUCCAACAGAGCCACAAUCCAUGUUGUCCCAUGCUGGGAGACUGUGGCUGUGUCCCUCUACGUGCUUCCAAUCACCAUGGAGAGUAGACAGUGACAGCUGCCGCUGGCCAUCGGUUUUUGACUUUAAUUGGGAAUUGGAAAUUUUUCCAGCUAUCUCUGAAAAGAGGAUUUUUUGUUUGGUUUUGUUUGUCUUGUUUCUGAGAAGGAAAUUGCAUGGUGAGGAUUUUUGUGGCUUUUGAAGGAUCUUUUGAGGCAUUUGAUGUUUCAGCACAUGACUCUGGAAGCCAUCAGAUGAGGUCACUGCUCUUUAAGGAUCAUUUCCACAGUCCUCUUUCUGAAGACCAACAAGGCAGGUUGUAGCUAGAGUUGAAGUAUGCUGGAGCUGCCCUCAGGAACAGUUGGAGUCUGUCGGAUGUCGGAAUAUCUUCCUGCUCAACUCUCAAAUGCUUCGGUAAGAAAGAAGACAAGCCAGCCUUCUACAUGUUUAAUGCUGUGACCCAGGACAUGAUGCCAAUAAAGGAGAAUGUGUCUAUUCUGGGUAAAAAGGUGUCUGACCUGAGAAUGCUGGGAACUCUGAGAUGUGGCUUUCCCCUGAGUGUCUACUGUCUCCGGACACCAACUGGACUGAAGAUGUAUGGCUGCAACACCCUCAAGAACUACCAGAUGAUAUUGGUCACAUCUUCUUGGCCAAACACCAACAAGAAAAAGUACUGGAUUUGUCUUACUAGAAAGUGGCUCAGACCUUGGAUUAUUAUUGAAAGUGAUUGGGUCCUUGCUGAAGAUCAGUCCAUCUCAGAGUGGGAGUGUGCUAAAACAUUUGCUGUAAAGGACUACACAACACUUCGUUUGGAUGUCUGGGAUGGAUAGAAGGAAUUGCUCAUGGGGUGUCUUCUUGGACAAACACCUAAAGUCCAAUGAUACUUAUCAAAAGGACCGGUACUCAAGUACCAGAAGAGGGUAGCCCUGUACAUCGCUGCUUUUCAUGGACACACUGAACUCACUGAAUGGGCUCUGAAGCAGGGCGUGCAGCCCCACGAGGCGCUUGGUGUUCACCCUUAUCCAGCCUAGUGACACGAAGCCCUUCACACAGAUGUCUGUCAUUGCCCUAUUCACACAGCUGCAGAAGCUGGCCAGCUGUUAAUUCUGAAGGCCUUUGUCAUCUGCAGCGUUCUGUGCCUGGAAUGUAAAAACGCAGCGGGGCAGACUCCACUAGCCAUUGCAGCAAAACGCCAGCAUAAAGACCGUGUGUUAUAUUUACUGGGUAAAAUGCGGUCCACGGUUUCUUUUCUAAAACUUUCAGUCCCGAUGGGGAUUUAUAUUAAAAUAAAGCAGUGGAUCCUCAGAGCUCAGAGUAGUCAUAGGUGCCAUCGAAACCAACUUGGCAGAGGAAGGGUCUCUGGGGUAAAGGUUGGAGACACUGUGGUGGUGGGUGGUUUCACUAAGCCAAGAAUGACAUCCAAGAACUGCCACAAGGCUGGGGACAGGAGCUGGCAAAGCACUCGGAGCCGACUGGCACCUUGCAAGCAACAGUCCGGCAGGAAACCUGUGGAUUCUUUAGUACUUUCGCAAAGGGACACCAGCAAACAAAUCACAUUCCACCCAGUAACUACAAACGAGUGCUCAGAGCUACAAAGCCAUCAGCGAGAAAACCAGAAAAAUAUAACUGCUCCGGCGGGGAGGAAAGGAAAGCACAUAAAUAAAAAAUGCUUAUCUCCCCAGGUCCUGCUCCCUCCAGUUUCAAGAGUGGAGUAUUCACACCCACUGUUCCACCUGGCUCCAGUGGGUGCUGACUGUCAGCUAAGGUCCUUCUUCACACCUUUCUCAGAGCACAGUGGGAGGACUCCAGGGGAGAAUGCCAUCUGCUGCUGAGCUGUGGCAAGGCAAUCCUUUAAAGAGAAGCGAUGGCUACAGCAGUUAGGAAUAGCAAGAGUCCUGGCCAAAAUGAACAUUUCUAACCUGACUGUCCAAGGAGGUCCAGCAAAGUGUGAAAACCUUCCAGAAAUUAUGCUUUGA